AUGGAAAGAGUCAACCAAACCAGCAGCGUCUCUGAGUUCAUUCUCCUGGGACUUUCCUCUCGGCCUGAGGACCAAAAGCCACUCUUCGUUCUGUUUCUCACCAUUUACCUGAUCACCAUAUCAGGGAAUCUGCUGAUCAUCCUGGCCAUCCGUUCUGAUGCCCGUCUCCAGACCCCCAUGUAUUUCUUCUUAAGUUUCUUGUCUUUCACUGAUAUUUGCUUCACAACAACCAUCGUCCCCAAGAUGCUGGUGAACUUCCUGUCAGAAAGGAAGGUCAUCUCCUAUGCCGGCUGUCUGACACAAAUGUAUUUUAUCUAUGCCUUGGGCAACAGUGACAGCUGCCUUCUGGCAGUCAUGGCCUUUGACCGCUAUGUGGCCAUCUGUGACCCCUUCCACUAUAUCACCACUAUGAGCCACAGCCGCUGUGUCCUGCUGGUGGCCUUCUCCUGCUCAUUUCCUCACCUCCACUCUCUCCUGCACACACUUCUGCUGAAUCUUCUCACCUUCUGUGACUCCAAUGUUAUCCACCAUUUUCUCUGUGACCUCAGUCCCCUGAUGAAAUUGUCCUGCUCCCCCACCUUUGUCAAUGAAAUUGUAGUAUUAAUAGAAGGAUCUAUCAUUUUGGUCACCCCUUUCCUAUGCAUUGCUUUGUCUUAUAUACGAAUCCUCAUCACAGUUCUCAAGAUUCCCUCCACUUCUGGGAAACACAAGGCUUUCUCUACCUGUGGUUCUCAUCUCACCGUGGUUGCACUCUUUUAUGGCAGCAUCUUCUAUGUGUAUUUGCAACCUGUGUCCACUUACUCUGUUAAGGACCACAUAGCAACAAUAGUCUACACAGUUUUGUCCUCCAUGCUAAAUCCUUUUAUCUACAGCCUGAGAAACAAAGACCUGAAACAGGGCUUGGGGAAACUCACGAACAGAUGGAGAUCCUAG